AUGACACAGCGCCGCUCUGCCUCAACAGGAACCACUACACCAACAGAAUCAAGGGAACCCACCCUCGCCGGUGCACCGGACAUCACCAACCACUACACGAUCUUCCCUCAAACCGUACCAGCCGGCCCACCACCAGGUUCGACAUUCGCAAUCUCCACCAGCGAUCUCCGCCGCGAAUUCCUCCAAUUGCAGGGCCUGGUCCACCCAGACAAAUACCCCAAUGGAGCGGAGAAGCAACUUGCCGAGGGUCUCUCGGCGCGGAUCAACGAAGCGUACCGGACACUUCUGGACCCGCUGCAGCGAGCACAGUACAUUCUACGGGAAUGGCAUGGGAUUGACGUGACGGCGGAAGACGCGUCGACUAAGCAUGCGCUUGAUUCGGAGACGCUGAUGGAAGUUAUGGAGGUGCAGGAGACUAUUGAAGAGGUCGGGGCUUCUGCUGAUGCGGAGGUGCAGAUCAAUGCGCUUAAGAAGGAUAAUGAUGGGAGGGUUGUUGAGUGUGUGGAGAGACUUGGGGAGGCUUUUGAGAAGGGAGAUUUGGAGGCUGCGAGGAAGGAAUGUAUUCGAUUACGGUUUUGGUAUAGUGUUGGGGAAGGGUUGAGGGAGUGGGAGCCUGGGAAUACGGAGAUUCGGUUGAUGCAUAGUAGUUGA